AGUGCAUCUCGAUGUUAUAAAGGAAGAGGAGUAUAUAUUAUUGGAUAAACAGUUUCGUAUACAAAAGUUUACAAAGAGUGAUAUUAUUUCUUAUGGAGAUGCAAUAUUUAUGUGGUUUAAAGUGAAAUCAUACAUUUAACAGUAAAUUAUUUGAUGUGAAAAUAUACUGCUGCUUACUGAAGAAAAGUCCAGCUUCGAAAAAGUGGUGAAAAACACUGUAGCAAAAAGAGGUUAAUAUUUGAUUUAAUGUUGGGCAACAAUGUAUUUUAUUUGACAAGCGUGUAAAACUAUAAGAUUCUCACAAAAAUGCCACAUCCGUGUGUGGUAUGCGGCCGUUCUCGCAUGAAUCCUAACAACAGGGAAGAGGAGUAUAUGUUCUUUGGUUUCCCUGUAAAUGAUGAGGCACGAUGCAGAAAAUGGUUGGAGUUUUGCUGUCGGGAAGAUCUGUAUAAGCUUACCAAAAAACAGCUGUUACAGCGAAUGGUAUGUUCAAAACAUUUUGAACAGAGAGAUUUUCUUAAUGAGUAUUUUGAUCGGCUGAAUUGUACAGCUGUACCAUCGAUUUAUGAUCCAAAACAAUCUCUCUACAACAUUACCUGCGUACUGUGUGGUAGAUUUCGACGAGAUCCACCAGGUCUAGAUUAUGAUGGAGCCACAUUUCAUCAUUUUCCUGGAGAAGAGUUUCGUUGCCUGAAGUGGCUGGAUUUUGUGGGUGUUGAUUCAUAUUACAGACUAACCAGGAAAGAAAUUUUAUUUUGUUACAUCUGCUCAAAGCACUUCGAUCAAACACAAUUUAUGCGCGGUUAUCGUAGUAGAUUAAUAGACUGUGCUGUGCCAAACAUUCGUUACCCUGAUCAGAUUGAUGAGUCAGAGCCAUUUAUAAUGGAACUGGUUUCUGAACCAAAAUUAUUCAAUACUACAGACAAAGGAAAGAAGCUUGAUCCAUUGCCAGCAGCUGUUCUUGAUAGCCAAGCUUGUGCAGCAUGUGGACGUUCCAGGUCUGAUCCAAGAAAUAAAGUGGAUAGAUACAAGUUUCAUCCAUUUCCUGCCUAUGAAAUUGGAAGAUGUCUACGAUGGUGUCAGUUUCUAGGGAGAGAAGAUCUACUGAAAAUGUCUCCAAAUCAAAUAAGAAAAUUGGUAUUGUGUUCAAAGCACUUUCAAACUGGUCAAAGUUUUCAUAAAGUAGGUCCCUGUGAUGCUGUACCCACGAUUAAGGAUAUCACUGACGCAAACAAUAUAGAUUCUGCGGAAGAGAUGAAACUUGAGCAAGAAACCUUGGAAGAUCUAGACGGUUCAGGAUCAGCAAAAGCAGUAAAGAAGCAAAUGUACCCAAGACCAAUGGUAUCAAGUAAGAAACCAAAGAUAGAUAACAAGCCAGCGCCAUUGGCAAAAAAACGUGGAAAGUCCAGAAGACCUACUUCGAUCAAUAUACCAAGACCGGAUCCAAACAAUAUCGAAAAUCGAGUGAUCAGGAAGUUACCACUUCCUCCUGCUUCUAACUGGAAACUGCAAAUUUCAAAUCAAUUCCAGCCUAUCACAAUUGCUAAUAAUAUCUCCUCAAAUAUAACAAAUAACAUUACCACCGAUGGCAAGAAAGUUAUUCUACCUUUUACUGGAGACAUAUCAAACUUGGGUGCACCCAUUCCAGUGCACAGUCUUUCAAGUAUUCCACCAGGUCUGCUUAUUAAGAUAAAUCUUCCAGAACAGACCCAGAAGCAACAAAAAUUAACAAAAACACAAAGUAAAACAAAAAAAUCUGAUAGUUCCCAGGUCCUUACUACUGAAAGGGAAAUGGCAGUUAAACAGAAUAGCAAUGUUAAAAAUGGACAAGUCCCAGAAAAUACAGCAAGACCUAAAGACAUAGAGGAAACAGAAGAAAGCCUGUCUGAGUUGUUUUCGUUUUCUCCAGAGCCUACACAAGAAACUUUUAAUUCCGACGACAUGGAGGUCCAAGAAGAAUUGAUCUUGCCGCAUUCGCUCGAGAUGCUUGAAGAAGAGAGCUCUACUCGUAUCAAGGACGAGCAUUACUAUGAAGAAUCUCUGGAGCCAGAAGAUCAGUGUACUAAGAAAAGAAGAAGAGUCAGACGUUGUAGAAGAAUGACAGCGCUUGCGCGAAGAAGUAUUCUUCCUAUUCAAAGUGAAGUCAGAUACUUCUUGCGGAAAAUGACACCUCAAAUGCACAGAUUACCAACAAAGGCAAGGGCGCAAUUGAAACUGUCUAUUGUUAACAUGGUAAUUGAUCACUUGUAAAGAUUUUUAUUUAUGCAAAAUAUUAUUUACAACAAGGAUCGCACAUUCAAUUUGUAUAUUGAAAAAGUUGGACUGUACUGAUGACAAUUGCAGAAGUUUACGAUGAGUUAUAUUUGAGCUUGAUGAUGAAGAAAGGUGUAGUAUGAAAUGUUUUCCAGAAGUUGCUCUUGAAUCUGGUGAAUCAUUUUUUAUUAUGAACACUGUGGUCUUCUACAAUUGUGGUAUUCCGACAUUAUCAAUUUAUUCAAACUGAGAAAUCAGAAUUUUUUAAUAGUCGAGCCGAUUUGGCAUUAAACAUGAAUAUGUAAUUUACGUAUUAUUAAGAAAAAUCUUUUCCCUAAUUUCAUAUAUCUUUUAAUUUCUCUAUCAACAUAAUAUUAAACAAUCACGUCAAAUAUUAAUGAUACUUAAGCCCGUUUUCUUCAACGUAGUUCAAUGCAUAAACUUUGUUUAUCUUCAAAAUGCAAGUAUCUGCUUGGCUAAAAGAACAGUUAAACCAAGUUUAGCAUUGAACUGCGUCGACGAAAACGGGUGUAGUGAUAUGUUUAGAUGAGGGUUAGUAUACAUAUAGGACAUACUUCCAAUAUGUACAUACGUAUAUAUACAUAUAUAUAAAUAUAUAUUUAUACUUGUAAUUAGAUUUUAAUCAUUGCUAAUUGUUUCGUUAUGAGAGUGUGCGACGACAUUGACUCAUUGUACAUUUGAACAGUAUAUAAAAUACAAGACGAGUAUCGUUUGAGUAAAAACUAAUUUUUUUACUUUAUUAUCAUUAUGUACAUACCUUCAAUUAAAUCGUACAAAUUGUUUCUGGAAUUUAAAACUAAAUAAUGCGCUUAAAAUCGACUGUAUGAUUGAACAAUGUUUGUCCCUACUCGCAUAUGGUUGUAGCGGAAAAUUUAUUGAUUGUUUGACCCACUUCUAAAGCGUCAGUAUGCAUUGACGGUGUCUAUAAAACAGCCAUUUCUCACAGAGCUUACUACGAAAAGCUUGCAAUCAUGGAUUUUGGAGAAAAUUAUAUGAACACCUUCGCUGAAACUGUUCAUGUUUUUGAAAAAAAUCGUCAGUCAUUUCAGGAAGUUCGUUUGCAAAAAUUACAAGACCAAGGAGCAUUGGAAUGGGAUGAUUUCGAAAAUGAAUUAUCAACUUUGAAUCUGUUUGAAUCAAUCACAUUCAACGAAGCUAUAAAAUAUUUUCAAGAGUCAGAUUUGGCGGAAUAUAAAG